UACGGAUAUAUCGGUAUGAAGAUCCUACCUUUGUCUGUAUAUCUCUGGUCUCUGCUUGGGUUGUUCUUGUUCUUCUUCUUUAGCUUCUCGAAUUCAUACACGGUUGGUUUCGGUGUCGAAGGCUUUGAAGGUUCUAAACCACAAGAUGAUUCUUCUGUGCCCUUCAAAGAUGAUCGACUCGAUGAAGUCAAAAGGGAAUGUAGAUCUUUUAUAUCUUCUGCUUCUGAACUGAAACCAGAUGAUGGUAGAGUGUAUAGAAUAAAAAAUGAGCUCAAUUUCAUGAAUGGGGAUUGGGUUCAGCAGGGGGGUGAGGCACCGUUGAUGCCAUUUGAUGACAGUGACAUGCCCAAAAGCUCUUCGUCUCUACAACAUGAUUUGAACUUAAUUUCUUUCUGGGUCACGGGUGUUGAUUCUGCUCGUCCAUCUAAGAAGAUGGUUAGUGUCAAUGGAAUGUUGUUUAUGGGCAUUACCAGAAAUGGCUCGUUUGGCUACAAACCCUAUGGUCAAAACCCUCAGUUUCAGAUGUUUCCGGGACAUUCUCAGCUGACCAUCUUCUUCCAAGGGAUUUAUACAGAAACAGAGAAGAACGGAGGGGAGCGAGUGAUGUGUUUGAUGGGGAAUGCGAUGUUGCCUUCUCGUCAAACUGAUUCUUCUGAUCCAUGGGAAUGGGUGAAGUAUUAUCGACCAACUCUUCUGCAAGAUGAUCAGAUUUUGCUUUUACUUCACUACCCAAAGACCCUCACCUUGACCACUAGGGCAAUCCGUGGAGAAAUGAAAAGCUUAAACCAGAAAUCAAAUAUUAAGUUCUUUGAUAAGGUUCAAAUUUCUUCUCAGUUGGGUGCUUAUGCAAACUACCAGUUUGGUUCCACAGAGCUUGUUUCUGAGGCUUGUGACCCAUAUCCAUAUGCAGAUUGCUUGAUGAAUGAUGGUAUUGAUGUUUAUAGAGGCUCUGAAUUUUGUGGGAUUCUUCAGCGAUUUACGUCUGGAGAAGCUUUCUCUUUUGUGCCCAACUGGAGAUGUAAUAGCUCAGACUCAGAUGACUAUUGCCGCAAGUUGGGUCCAUUCAUGACAGGUAGGGAGAUUAAUUCCACGGAAGGGGGUUUUAAAAAUGUUAGGCUUCUUAUGCAGGAUGUGAGGUGUGAGCCAAGACUUGGGCAAGGUAAUGAAAGCGCAAGGGUGUCCGCUUGGUUUAGAGCAGUGCCUCCAUUUGAAUAUCAGUAUUCCGCUAUGGAGAGAACAGGUCUUAGCAAUAUGACUCUAACUACUGAGGGAAUUUGGAGCUCUUCGACAGGGCAGCUGUGCAUGGUUGGAUGUAUCGGACUUGCAGACCCAGAAUUGGAUGGAUGCAAUUCACGAAUCUGUUUGUAUAUUCCCAUUUCAUUUUCCAUUAGGCAGAGAAGCAUCAUAUUGGGUAGCAUUUCGAGCAUCAAUAAAAAAACUGGUUCAUACUUCCCUCUAUAUUUUGAAAAGGUAAUGCAGCCCUCAGAGCUGUGGGACCGAUUCAGCACUUCUUAUCUAUCGUACAAAUACUCAAAAUUCAAUCAAGCGGGUGUCAUCCUAGAGAGGAACCAACCUUCUAACUUCCGAGCAGCUUUUAAGAAAUCAUUCCUCAAAUAUCCUAAACUUGAAGAUUCGGCGGGAUUUAUGGUCAGCCUUUCUGUUCUCUCAGAAGACCUUAUUCUUCAUGUUUCUGCAAUUCCAGAUCCAGUGCCAAAGGUCCAUAUACAAAGAACAUCUGUCCAAAUGGAGGUAAUCUCUCUUGGACCAUUGCUUGGGCAUUACUGGUCAAUGGGAAAUGGUUCUGCGGUAGAAGAUGAGAUUCCAUUCGUAGCUAAAACUGAAUCUACUGAAAGACAGCUCCUUCUGAAUGUCUCAGCUCAGCUGACACUUUCUGGAAAACUUUACAGCAAUGUCUCUGUGUUGUUCCUGGAGGGUUUAUAUGAUCCAACUACUGGAAAAAUGUAUCUGAUUGGUUGCAGGGAUGUUCGUGCUUCAUGGAAGAUCUUGUUUGAGAGCAUGGACCUUGAAGCUGGGUUAGAUUGUUUGAUUGAAGUGAUAGUAGAAUAUCCACCAACAACUGCCCGGUGGUUGGUGAAUCCAACGGCAAGGAUUUCAAUCUCGAGCCAAAGGAAUGACGAUGAUCCCCUCUAUUUUAGCCAGAUCAAACUUAUGACACUUCCUAUUCUGUAUCGAAGGCAGAGGGAGGACAUACUUUCACGCAAAGGUGUUGAAGGGAUCCUUCGGAUUCUUACACUUUCAAUGGCAAUUGCUUGUAUACUAAGUCAAUUGUUUUACAUCAGAGAAAAGAUUGAAGCUGUUCCCUACAUAUCUCUUGUCAUGCUAGCUGUUCAAGCUCUUGGGUACAGCAUUCCACUCAUUACAGGGGCUGAGGCUCUCUUUAGACAGAUGGGCUCUGAAUCUUAUGAAAGGCCUUCUUACGAUCUUGAGAAAAAUCAAUGGUUCCAUGUAAUUGAUUACACUGUUAAGUUUCUCGUACUGGCUGCUUUUCUUCUCACCCUUAGACUUUGCCAGAAGGUAUGGAAAUCUCGCAUCAGACUGCUCACACGCACACCUCUAGAACCAGGUCGUGUCCCAAGUGAUAAGCAAGUUUUUAUUAUCAACCUGAUCAUACACGUGGUAGGGUUUGUAAUUACUCUCAUUGUUCAUGCUAUUAAUGCAAGCCAGAGGCCGAUUCCACCUGAAAAGUAUAUAGAUCAACGAGGAAAUAUCAAUACCCUGUGGGAGUGGGAAACCACACUAGAGGAGUAUGUGGGUCUCAUCCAAGAUUUCUUCCUACUUCCUCAAAUUGUUGGCAACUACUUGUGGCAGAUUCACUGUGAACCCCUCCGGAAAGUUUACUAUGUUGGGAUCACCGUAGUGAGACUUCUUCCUCAUGUUUAUGACUACAUACGAGCUCCAGUUUCUAAUCCCUAUUUCUCUGAGGAGUAUGAGUUUGUGAAUCGAAGCUUGGAUUUCUACUCAAAGUUUGGGGAUAUUGCAAUACCACUUACAGCAGUUGUGCUUGCAAUCAUAGUCUACAUUCAGCAGAGAUGGAGUUAUGAGAAACUCAGCCAGACUCUUAACUCAAGGCCUUAUAACAAGCUUCUCCCAUUGGGAUCAAAAGUGUAUGAGAGGUUGCCCUCAAUGUCAUUUGAAGCCGAGCUUGUCUCAGGGGCGAAUAAUUCAGAGGAACAUGGGAGUGAACGAGAGGAUGAGCAAUGAUUGACCGAUGUUUUACCCCUAGAAAAGGCUGAGCCGGUGGGAGUUCUUGCAGUUAUGUUAAAUUAGGUAUAAUCCAUAACGUGUUGAACUAGAGAUGUUGAGUAUGAGCUUCUUUUUUGUUUCUUUCUUGUUCUUCCCUGAUCUGAUUAAUAUCAUUCGGUUGCUUUUCUGAC